CUCUCUCUAUUCCAGAAUGCUCAUGCUUAUGUUAAUGCUGCAUUCAGUAUGGAAGUUAAUCCUGACAAUAUGCUAGUUAAAUCUUUACCUUCAUUUGUAUUUGGAGGCAUCAAUGAACAUGCAAUAUCAGCUCCAAUAACUGAGUCAUUCAUGAUUGGUAAGUCAUUGAAGGAUCCCAAUACACUGAAGGGGGCCCUGAAGAACCUUGCUAAUGAGAUCAGACCUAAUGCCCCUCCUGUAUCAGCUAGUCCUGGGUAUAGGAAGAGCCUCGCUCUGAGCCUGUUUUAUAAAUUUUAUCUUGAGGCUCUUGGUAGUGCUAACAUUAAUCCCCUCUACCAGUCAGGAGCUGUACCUUAUGUUCGUCCAGUGUCCCAAGGGUCCCAGUCAUACAGCACUGACUCCAGCAAGUAUCCUGUGAAUCAACCACUACCCAAACUGACUGCUACUCUACAGGCUUCAGGUGAGGCAGAGUAUACUACUGAUAUUCCACGUCGUCCUGGAGAGCUGGCUGCAGCAUUUGUACUCACUACUCAAGGUAAUGCAAAGAUAUUAUCAAUGGAAACAUCUGAAGCAAUGGCAGUCGAAGGUGCAGUAGCAAUAGUGUCUGCUAAAGACAUUCCUCAAAAUGGAAAGAAUGAUUUUAUGCUUGGAUUAGGUGGUGACCCUGAGAUUGUAUUUGCUACUGAUGUAUCAGAGUAUGCUGGUCAAGCAGUUGGACUAGCACUGGCUGAUACUCAAGAGCAUGCUCUUCAAAUGGCCAAAGCUGUAACUCUUACCUACCAGACUCAAGGGAAGCAGAUACUCACCAUACAAGAUGCUAUUGAUGCUAAAUCCUUUUAUGAUAAAGAGCCAGAUAUUGUUGUUGGAGAUGCUGAUGGUUCUAUUAAAGGAUCAGAUCAUGUUGUUACUGGUGACAUUUAUUGUGAUACACAGUAUCAUUUCACUAUGGAGACUCAAACUGCAUUUGUAAUACCUGAGGAUGAUGGUUAUACAGUCUACAGCUCAAACCAGUGGGCUCAGUUGGGACAAUUUGCUGUUGCUGGCAUACUUGGAAUACCAGAAAACAAGGUUACAGUAGUCAUUAAAAGAGUGGGCGGUGCUUACGGGUCUAAAAUCAGUCGUGCCUCUCAGGUAGCAGCUGCCUGUGCUUUAGGAUCAUACGUCACUCAAAGGCCAGUGAGGCUACACAUGGAUCUUGAGUCUAACAUGAAAAUGGUUGGGAAGAGAUACCCUUACUAUGCCAAAUACACUGUUGGUUGUACUAAGGCUGGGGUUCUAAAUGGGAUUAAAAUUGAUGUGUACACUGAUGCUGGCUGCAGUAGCAAUGACUCCUACUUACCUUAUGCACUAAGAAACCUUGAUAACACUUACAACUGCUCUAAUUGGUCAAUAACACAGACUACCUGCAGAACACACACUCCCAGUAAUACUUAUACUAGGGCACCUGGGUAUCUGCCUGGUGUGUUCAUUAUUGAGUCACUAAUGGAUGAUGUAGCUACCAAGAUAGGCAUGGAUGUCGAGGAAUUCAAGCAUGCCAACUUUUAUAAGAAAGGAGACAUUUCUCUUCUGUCAUUCCCACCAAAGGGACAGGCUUUGACAUACUGUAAUAUUGAUGACCUCUGGCAACAAAUGAUGAAGACUGCUGAUGUCCAGGCUGGAAAAGGCAAAAUCUCAGACUUUAACAAAGCUAACAGGUGGAGGAAGAGAGGGUUGUCUGUGGUCCCAUUGAGAUAUGGUCUAGAAUGGAAUGGGACUAAUAGCACUGUAUUGGUUAGUGUGUAUUCUGGGGAUGGAUCAGUCUCUGUUGUACAUGGAGGAGUUGAGAUAGGACAAGGAAUUAACACUAAAGUUGCACAGGUCACUGCCAGUACUCUUGGUAUUCCAUUGAGCUCAGUUACUGUUGUACCUACUAAUACAUUCACAAGCCCCAACAACACUACAACUGGUGGUAGUGUUACCAGUGAGAUCAACUGUAAAGGUGCACUGUUAGCCUGCCAGUCAUUAAAGCAAAGACUUGAUAAAGUGAAGGAAGGAUUGAUAUCAGAUGGUGUGUCUGAUCCCACCUGGCUACAAAUAGUACAAAAAGCUUUCUCCAGUGGAAUAGACCUCUCAGAGAAACGCUAUGAGUUUGCUACUAAUGACAUUAAUCCUGAGAUUGAUGUUGGACAAGUUGAAGGUGCAUUUGUGAUGGGAUUGGGCUAUUUCUUAACUGAGAGAGUUGUCUAUGAUAAAGAUACAGGAGCACUGCUGACACAUAACACAUGGGAGUACAAGCCACCCACUACUAAAGAUAUUCCCAUUGAUUUCAGAGUUGAGCUGCUUAAAAAUGCACCAAAUCCUCUAGGAAUACUUGGCUCUAAAGCUGUUGGUGAGCCUCCAUUGCUGAUGAGCAGUGGCGUGUUGUUUGCUCUCAAAAGAGCUGUGGAGAGUGCUAGACAUGAUGCUGGUAAUAGUGAUCCUUUUAUUUUAAAUGCUCCAGCUACUGUAGAAGCAACACAGCAAGCUUGUCUUGUUGAUCCAUUGAAAUUUGAAUUUUAACAUAAUAUAAUAUCUAUGAUUUAUUGUUUUUAUUAAACCAGCAUUGUGUCACGUGUUUACAGUA